ACACAGUUAUAGAGCUUUUAUUGUGAAAUUGUUGCAAAAGCCAAAUUAUUGCGUCCCUGUGAAUAUAAACAAUAUAUUUUGACUAUAAAACGGGAAUCUUUGUAAAGUCAAGAGAGAAUUUUCAAUAGAUUUAAGUGCGGUGAACGGACUAAAAACGAAACUCAAUAACAAUAUGUCUGUGGAAACUACAGCUGACAACGACUACAACUUUGAGGAUAAAUUUGAAAAGCAUUUACGUGUUCUAUUUUAUAUGAAACCCCUCCCAGAGAAUCCAAAAUGUGAUAUAUCUAAAUUGGAAUUCUUUGGUGUUCUCAGUCUUAAAGAUGUCCUAAAACCUGAGCGUAAGCUUUGGUGCAUUUAUCAUUGUCGUCAGCCAGAUAUAGAUAGAACCAUUGACGCGUUGCUGGAAAAAUAUGGCAAAAAAAAUAUGUAUGAAAUAUUCCGAAAGCCGAUAUUUAAGGGAGCUGCAUUGAGGGCGGCAGUUAAAAAACACUUUACGGACUUGAAAUGGUUUGUUAAAGGAAAUUUGUUGGAGGCUCCACCAAAACGUCACUUCAAUGAUGAUCGCGUGAUAAAGUCGGUAACGGAUGUGUAUAAUAACGAACGACAAAAACUCCACAAUUUUGUGACAAUGCAAAUACACUGGGCAAACCAAUGUAAGUAGCAGUUAAAGCAAGCAAAUGUGAUAAUAAGGAAUAAGGUUUUAAAUGUCUGAUAGAAUAAGAUAAUAUCAAAAAUAUUGUUUAAUUGCUUGUAAGAAAUGUCAUCACUAUUUAAAUUGAAGUUGCCAGACUGAGGCGGAAAUAAUGUUGAAGUCUUUCGAUUUAGUAAUAAUUUAAAAGUUAAGCCGUACAAUUAAAUUUUGCGGACUGAAAAAUCUAUACGCUUAUAUAUGUAUGUUCGCAAGCUUUAUAGAUGAUUCAUUUUGGUAAUAAAAAAA